CUCAGAAUAAUAAAUGCUUAUAAUUGGAUAAUUUAUUAAAUGAAGGAACUCAUAAUUUUUAUUACAUUCCUAGAUGAAAUCAUGUAACUAAUCAAUAAUAGAGAUGGUUACCAAUUUAUAAAGAUAAUAAUGUUAUUGUUUUAUUUAAAAAAUAGUUAGAAGAUUUAAUGAAUAAAGGUUCUAGGCAGAGUUUGAGGAGAUGAUAUCAUAAUAUCAUGUAACAAAUCUCAUUGAUAUAUAAUUCUAAAUGAAAGAGAAAUUAUUUCAAAGAUAUAAUAACAAUAUGAGAACACAUCACAACAAGAAGUAUCUAAAAAAGGAAAAUAGUUCUUACAUAUACUUUAGAGAGUAUGCUAAGAGUUAUGAUGCCUAAUAGUAUGUUAUCAAGUUCGUUAAGAGAGCCUAACUAAAAUUGUUGGAUUGA